UGAGUUGCUUUUACCGAGGAGGGAAGCGACGAGACGCGCACAGAUGGGUGAGAACCAGUCCAGGCCAGGGAUGCUUCAUCAGGACCAACAUCUGGCCUACAGAGGUCAAGGCAACAACAAUCGCUCCUCCUCGUUGCCAAACAGGAAGUACGACCAGGAUGGCAACUUUAACUUCCUGUCCGACAAAGACGACUUCACAGGGACGGGCGAUGACAAUCAGAACCGCCAGCGUCCUUGCAAACUGGGUCCUCUCGGCCCCGACCCGACCCACUCGUCCUCCCACAGAAACUCCGGCGUCCUGUCGCCUCGCUCCCGCAUGCCCUGCUGGAGCACGCUGGACCCCCUGCCGGAAAUCGAACACGGGGACGACGAGUACGGCCGCGUGCCUCCCGAUGGGGCGGAGGAAAGGAGGCUGGAGGAGGAGGAGGAGGGGCAGCAUCGGGAGAAAAUGGAGCUUCCGAGGAAGAGAAGCAGCAUCCCGAGCAGGCAUGAGAUGGAGGAGAUGAUGAGGCUUGAGAAAGACGAGGACUGGGGGGACAGCGAGUCUGAAUCGGACUCUGGCGGGAGCAUGUCCUCCCUCACCAUGGAGACCAGGGGCGACUGGAUGUCCUCAGGAGGUUGGGACCGCAUGGGAGUCGGGGAGCCCAGACCGAGCCACCAGGACUUCGACUCCAGCAGGGGCGGCUCCAGAGAAGCCUCCGCAGCCGCCGCGCGACGACGAAGCCUGGGCCGCAAGUCCAUGUCCAUGUCCGGGAGCAACCUGGAAGACCUCCUGGAGGAAGGGGCGGAGGAUCCGCGCCGCCGGUCCACCGACUCGGACGUCGGCGAGGACCCCGAGCUCAUGGACGCCGUGUGGACGCUGCGGGACCGCGAGAGGUUCAAGGCGCAGGAGAUGGAGAAACACCAGGUGCAGCUGACCAUGUACCGCCGCCUGGCGCUGAUCCGCUGGGUCCGCACCCUGCAGGGCCGCGUCCAGGAGCAGCAGAACCGCCUGCAGUCCAGCUUCGACGUCAUCCUCACCAACAGGAAGGAGCUGCUGCGCAUGGGCGCCGCCGUGAUCAACGCCGCGCCCGCCGCUGCUGUGGGACAAUCAUAGGACCGACAAAACAUUCCUGUCCACUAGGCGGCGCUAUAACCCUUAGACGUAAGACCCCUCUAUAGCCAAUCAGAAGACUUGAACGCAGCGUCAAUCAUGGAACUACAGAACCAACGUCCACUGCAGUGGACAUCUGUCUUUUGCUUUUUUUUUUCCAAAAUGUACAACUAACAAAAAAUAGACCAAAAAAA